AUGAUACGACGAUUCCCAUUUAUAAAAACUUGUGAGAAUAUUUAUCUUAAUCUUAAGAAUUAUAAACCAUCAAAUCAACGACCUAAAUUCCAUGCUGUAAAUCAUCCAUUUGUUUCGAAUUUACAAUUAUUAGAUCAAACUUAUUUCAGUUGGUUAACAAGAGAAGUUCCUAAUCGAGUGGUUCAAGUCCUUAAAAGUAAUAAUAAAUCAACCUCCAUUAAAUCCACUCAUACUCGAAAUCUGAUUGAUCAAUUGAAUUUAACUUAUUUGAAAAGAGCAUCUCCAUCCAUUGUGAAAGUGAUAACUACCACCACCACGAAUGAUGAUAAUGAAAGAGAUGAACAGUUUAAACAAUUAUUAGAUUUAUGUGGAAGUUAUACUGGUUUAACAUCAUUGAUUGAUAAAUUACCCUUGAUAAGUAUAUCCACCCUUCAAAUAAAUCAAUUAAUUGAAGAAAUCCUCCGGGAUUUACCAUCUCCAUCAACUACUUUCCAUCUUAGUGAAUGUCUUAUUGAAGAAUCGAAAUUCACCGGUAUGAAGAAUAUCAAAUAUAUCAAUUCCGAAUAUUAUCAACCUUUAUAUCGGAAAUUAGAUUAUAUAAAUUCCAUCUGUACCAUUCAUAAAACUUCACGAUAUUAUGAUCAUCAAUCCCCGAAUCAACAAUUUGAAGAGUAUCUUAUCUGGUUAGGAUAUCAUAAUAAUGAUCUAAAGAGUUUGGAAACUCUCAUCCCAACCUAUUUAUCUUCCUUCGCAUCUACGUUGAAUCAAAAAGUUUUAUCAUAUUUCUUCUCGGCAUUCAUCAAUAAUUAUGAGAUAAAUUAUAUUAAAGUCCUCUUACAACAAUUAAUGAUGCAAAAAAAGGGGAAGACAUCCACCCAUAAUCUUGAACCAAUCUUGAUAGAAACGAUUAUUCAACAAUUGAUCGCUAUAAAUGUGAUGUUUGAAGAAUUGAUUUUAAUUUUCUCCAUAUGGUUGAAUAAUGGUGGUCCAUUAUCGAUCAAACUUUUAUCAGUGUUAUUACUGGAGUACUAUAAAUAUGGAAGUAUUAAAGAGAUUGAUAAUUUCCGCCAUUUGAUAAAUCAAGUAGAUCAAAGUUCAGAAGAUAUGUAUAUGAUUGAUUUAGUUGAUUUGAAAUAUAAAAUCAUAAAUCGACAACCAUCAAAGUUUAAAAAAAUGAUAGUGAAAUCAGAUUUAAAUCGAUUUAAAAUCAUUAAACGAUCAAUCUCGAAUCCGGAACAAUUGGCUGAUUUUUACGAUCAAACUUUGAAAUUCAGUUUGAAAUAUAUUGAUGAUUUCAAUUAUAUCAAUUUAAUCCUUAUGAAUCUUAAACAAGAUAAUAUGCCUAUAUCAUCCACUACCUUAAAUUUAAUUGCAACAUAUUACAUCGAACAUCAAAAUUAUUUAUCAUUGAUUAAAUUUUAUGAUGAAUUAUAUCAUAAUAAUUCAAAAUUCAAUUUAAAUUAUAUUGAAACCGCCUUCCAAUGUUUUGUAAAGACUUAUCCUCAAUUAUCAGUGGAGUUCCUUACGAAAUUCCGUCAAUGGUUGAAAGCCUCAACCUUACCUGACGAAAUCAAAACUAUUUUGAAAGAUUCGUUAAAGAUUAUUAAAAUUGAUUCACAAUUGACUCCAUAUGAUCUUGCAGAUUAUCAUGAUACGACACUUACGAUAUUAGAUGAGAAUUGGAAACCAGCAUUAUGGAACUCACCUCAAACGAAAGAAGUUAUACGAUUCCGAUUAUCAAAUGAAGGAUUUCAAAAUUUAAUCGAGAAUAAUAUUCGUCCUGAUUUAAACUUGUUCAAAACAACAUUCCGAAAAGUAAAUAUCCCAAAUCAACAAAUCUUAAUUGAGUUCAUGAAACAUUGUCGCUUAUACACUAAGAUUAACAAAUUCGAAUUCGAUAUAUAUAUCAUGCAAGUAAACAAUUGGAAGAGAGAUGAUAUCCGAUCCCAUUAUUUAUUGGAUCAGCAACUAUUCCUUGAAUUAACUAAUAAUCAAAAGCUUUUAUUAAGUCGGAUUUUGUUCAAUAAUAAAUUAAAUUAUCAAUCGAUUGAAUUAUUAACUUCGAUUCAAACGAGUGAAUUAAACAAUCAAUCGAAACAGUUUCAAUUCAACUUCCUCGUGAGGAAUUAUAUAGACCUUAAUCAAUUUCAACCAAUUAUUGAUUUAAUUGAUCAAUUCCCCAUUGAUAAGGUGGUAUUGAAUCAAUAUUUCUUAAAUCAAUGUAAAUUCAUCGAAAAGAAAAUGCGUCAAAAGGUCAAACAUUAUAAUGCCAAAGUAGUUGAAAGACGUGAGACUGAUUGUAAACAGUUAAGACGUGAUUCUAAAUUGGCAUUUACUAAAUUACGAGGAUUAAUUGGGGAUAUUUCAUUACGAUUAAAUCAAGAUAAUAAUGACUUAAUCGUAGUGAUGGACAAUACGUUUAAAUUGUUUGACGAAUGGAUUAAACGAGAUUUAUAG